GGUGCCUCUGGGAGAGGGGCAGAGGAAAGGUUAUAGGGGUCCCCCGCCUGCAGCCCCCCUCGCAUCCCAGGGGGUCGAAGUGAAAUUAGGGCGCUGGCAGGUGCAUCGGGCACCCGAAAAUUUGGGGCACCAGGGCGUCUUACUAUCCACCCAGCCACUUCUUCCUGUCCCUGGUUUGUGGCUCUGUUAGCGGGAUCUAGUUAACUUAAAAGUGAAAAAGGCUGAGGGCCCCAUUAGUACACUGAACCUGAGAGAGUCAUGCUAAUGAUACCAAAGGAAAUAGAAAAGAAAGUUCAUCUUCAUCCUAUGAAGGACGAAGCAGGAGAGGGAAAUAGAUGACCUAUCUCUAAAGGAAGUCAGUUAUAAACAGUGGUCAUUAGUGAGACAAUACAUGCUAUGCAGAGAUGUGUCUUUUCAACUUGCUUAGCUCAUCUGAAGACAGGAGUUCACAGCAUGAAUAUGACAGCAUAGAGGUGGAAUCAGAGAGCAGCCUCCAGGAUGGAGCCACAGAGCAGCCAGUUCCAGGCUCAGGUUCCAAAGUUCACCCAACAGUAUUAGGAGAAAUUAGAAAAGAAAUUUCCACAUCAUUAGAUACAUUAAGCAGCUUGCCUCAAGACAAGAGUUUAGCAGGGAAGUCUGGUGGGAGCACAGAACUCAGACCAGAGACCAGCCAACAGAAGACGACCACAAAGCAACCAGCUCCCACCACAGGUACAAAAGGCCUUCCUACCAUAUUAAGCGGAAUCAGAAGAGAAACUUGUUCUCCCUCAUUACGCAAGUUAAACAGUGGAAGAGAAACAUCUGAUAAUGUUGAUCACUCAACUGAGAAGAACACUCUAGGAAUUUCAGUGUCAGUGCAGACAGAAACAAGCUGGAUUUAUGAAUAUAUCAGAAAAAACUUUCCCAGACAGACUGAAGAGCUCACGACAGACAGUGCUCACAUUGCUACUGCUGCUGAAAAUGAUAUAGAGGCAGUCCUGUCACAAGAUCUCAGCAGUUUAGGCAUUUUGUGCGACACAGAGUUUACUGAAGAUUUCAUAAAGCUGUUUGAGGAAUCUCUGCGCACACUGUCCCACAUUGGGCCACCAACUAUUCUAGCAUAUAAGCCAGAAUCAUCAAGAGAAGACCUGGAGAUACAGAUUGAAGAGGAAUUUAGUGCAACAUGCGAGUACUGUGGCAACUUGCUGAAACAUUUUCCUUCCUAUGAGGCGUUUGACCCAACCUCUGAAGAUUAUGAAACAUUUUUCUGUUGUGAGCAAAAUCAGGAUCUCUACGAGUACAUCAUUACUGAAAAAAAAUAUUAUGAGAGUUCUAGAAGUGAGUCAAUCUCCAUUGACCCUCAUGCAGCCCACGGCAGUGAAGCGGACAGGCAGAAAGCAAGGGAGAAAGCGUAUCAGAGGCAACAGGAGAGACAAAUGGCAAAACAGUUUGCCUUCAUGGCAGCAGAGCAGACCACGUUAGUUGAUUACUCAAAGCAACUCAAAACCAUUUCAUACCAGCUCUCCCGUGAGCCACCCUCCCCUGGAGGUUGGACUCUCAUGCCUUAUGAGGCAGAUGAAAAAGAUGAGAAUGAGGCAGUUAACUACAAUGUUACUUGCUGUGACUUUACCAUUGCAGGUGGAAAGCUAGUGAAGCAACAGUUCCUGGAAAAAUACUACAGACACAGAGGAAAGUUCCUUACCGUAUUUCCAGAUGGUACAGCACAAUUAUUCUAUCCAUCUGGCAAUCUGGCAGUUAUUAUUGUGCAAAAGAGGAGAGGUUAUAUUUGUGUAGUACAGGAAGACAAUCCAAGUAAUGCAGCAAUCCAAGCAGUGUUUGAGUCCAGCGGCAAAGGUACUUGCUAUCAUCCCAAUGGAAUUGUAUGGAUAAACAUAAAUAUUCAUGGAGGACAAUAUUCAGACCCAUCGGGCAAUAGGGUGCGAAUGUGGACAUGGCCAAGUAGUUUGAUCAGUUCUGGACCCCGUGUUUCGUUUAAACCCAUCUUUAUAUCCUUGAACCACUAUGUUGGUGUCAGGAUAGUUGGACAAGAUAAGAUUGUGGUGACUUUUCUUGCUAUGGGGCAACAAGCCAAAUUCAACGUGGGAACAAAAGUGCAGGUAAGGCACCCUGAUCAACUUCCACCGCCAAAACCUGUAUGUGAAGAAGAACUGCUGCUGUUUGCCUGCAAAAUAAGGAUUCAGCGUCUGUUCGAUAGACUACGAGGCUAUUUAGACUUCCCUUCUACUGAGCAAUGGGAUAAAAUCAAACUCCCUUCCUACCUUGCAACACAGGCUUUAAAAUUAAUGUAUCUUUGUAAGGAUUCUGACAUAAGUGAUGAUGUAGAUCGUUCUAUAAGGGCUACAAUAAAUGCCCCUGUCUAGCAGUGUGUGUAUUGCAUAAAGAGAACAUUAGUUUAAUUAUUCUUAGGAAUAUUUACAGCUAUUGGAAAAGCUAUGUAUGUACUGAAGAGAACUGCUUUGUUUAUACACAUUCAAAAGAAAAAAUGCUUAAAGGAAUCGUAUACAGUAGCUUGAAUUAAAGGACAGCUUUUUUUCCUUCUGUUACUCAAACUCCUAUCCAAGAGGCUGGUAAUCCACCACCAAAGACCGUGCUUGCUACUUUGUUAGUACCAUGAGUAUAUAAAUGGGAUUAUUCAUGCAUUAUACCUACUUGUAAGUAGCUGUGGAAUGAUGCCCUUAGAGAUGCACUGAUUUCUAACUGUGUCAAAGCAUGCCCUGUUGGAGUGUGAAUAAGAGAUGCUGCUUUUUCUAAUUUCUAAUACUAGUUGAAUAGAGAACCAUUUUGACCUGUAUUUAAAACAAACACACCCCACAAAUUGUGUUUUAAAUCUAUUCCAAUCUUCAGAAAUAUAACAUUACAGUUUUAGUCCAUGUUAGAAUAAAUUGUAUGUUUAAUGUUAAAUCACUACUAAAAGGAUUCGUGUGAACAAUACAGUGUAUGUUGAAUGUUGACUAUUUAACACCGGUACUAAUGGAAGGGAGUACAUAACUGUUUCCUGGCAGAGCUCAUGUGCUGUAUUGAGUAGGAAUUACAUUCACCUUAUGUUAAAGAGCUAGCACCUGGCCAACUUUCCCCUACCUGCUUUGUUUUGUUUGCCUGCCUGCCUCAAUGUAAUAUCUGAGCCCACACACCACCAUGCAGAAUGGAAGCAUUAAUAUUCCCAUUUUACGCCUGGGGAAUGAGGCACAGAGAGAGUAAGGGACUUGCCCAUGAUCUCUCAUACAUAACAUGUUAAGAGAAAGAGCAAGGAACUGAAUCCAGCCCCCAAUCCAAUCUA